AUGCCUAUGACUAAUGAAGUGGAAGCCAAAAUCUCCUCUCGCAGUCAGGUUGAGCAUAAAGGUCCUCACAGCACUAAUACAAACAACAAUGGGACAUCUAAUGCAACAACUCAGUCCUUUGAAAAUGAGCUGGUUCUAUAUAGGCCCACCUCAACUCCAACAGAAAUUAUCCCAACAAAUGACAUACCAAUCCAUUUGGAGCCUAUGCCUAAUGAAGCAGAGGAUCAACCUGGCAGACAAAUGUCUGAAUCCAAAGGGAGAAUCAGGAAGGGAGUUGCCCAGGGUAAAACCACUUGGAGAAGAAAUACACAAAGGGAGGGCAGGCUUCUUAGAAAUUUCAAAGAUAAUUCCAUGGAACUCUCAAACAAUUGUGACCAAAUGACCUGA